AUGACACGAAGAUGGUUUAGCACCAGUUUUGUGCGCGGGAACAACACAAACCAAUCCAAUUUGAACCCGCACAGCUAUUUCUACAAAGUUCUGGCUGUUCCGUUCUUGAAGGUGAGCGCUGUGAGUCUGGCCACGUUUUACGGAAUGAAAUACCUCUGGAAGUUCCUUGACGAAGACGAACAAAAGGUUACCGAGAGAGCCAAAACCUUGGGCAACGAUGUCCGAUUGGACGUCACCGUCGUAGUUCUUCAAAGCCAGCACAAAGCCACCCUUGGACUUGAUCAUCUGGGCCACCAUAUCGUCGAUCAAUCUGUGCUCGUACCAGAUACCUUUGGCCUCGAACUCAGACUUAUAGUCAGCGUCGUAGAUCUCCUGGAAAAUGUCCUUGAAUCUACCGUCGUACUUCUUGAGAAUGGUGUUCUUGGUGGACAUGUACAGAGGAAGCUCUUUGUUCAAGGCCAUCUUGAAGGAAGAGUGUGCAAAGCCACGGAUACUUUCGUCAGUAUUGUACAUGGCGAGUCCGACACCGGAUCCCUUGUAGUCGAAGACCUUGAACACCUGGGGUUUGUCGCCGUUUGUUGGCGUGUACACGAGCUCGAGACUUCCUGCUCCAGGAAUCACCAGGUCAGUGGCUUUGUACUGGUCUCCAUGGGCGUGUCUACCAAUGAUGAUUGGCUUUUCCCAGCCAGGAACCAGUCUUGGGAUCUCGACUCCGCCAGACUGGUCUCCGCCAAUGACGAUUGGCUCUCUAAAGACAGUACCACCCAGGAUGUUUCUGAUGAUUCCAAGGUCGUAGUACUUGAGAUCAACGUCCAAGUACGGAAGAACCAAUUUCUUCUUAAUGAUGUCCCAGAUGAUUCUGGUCAUUUCGUCUCCGUCAAGCUCCACAAUGGGCUGCUUGACCUUGAUUUUGUCCAAGGUCCGGGUGGUGCUGGAGAAGUGCCGGGUGCUAGCCAAAACUCUCUUGAAAGACUGCAUUGGUGUGACCGACCUGGGGUAGAAAAAAAGGUAUUACAUAAGCUAAAUAAGUUAGAAAAGGUAGCCAACAGAGUGGUCGUACAACCAGCCGAGAUCCUUCUUGCCGUUUCUGGCAGCAACCUUCUUCUCCUCCAAGAGCUCGUACUCCUCCGUCUCGGCGUCGAUGACGUCCUUGUAAGUGACAAGGUCGGCCUCUUCUGGCUUGACAGUCUUGGUUCUCAUGAUAAUCUUGUAUCCGAACAGCGAGAUCAAAAACACUGGAAUACCGAUGUACGAGGUAAUAAACGUCUUGUAAUCGAAGCCGGCAAUGAACACGUCGAACGAUUUGGUAAUCGCGAUCAAGCAGCAGAAGAACAAGGCGAACCAGGUUCCGUAUGGUUGCAACGGAGCGUAGUAGACAAACUUCUUUCUAUCGUAACCUUGGGCCUUCACAGCUCUGGUGAAGUAGAGGUAGGUCACCAAGAUGGAGAUCCAGGUGAGCAGACCAAAGAUGGACACCACGUUAACGAAGUAGUUGAAGACCUUGGACGAGGAAGAAGAGCACACCAUGAAGGCAAGCAGACAGAAAGCACUUGCGAACAUCAGUGCAUAAAUAGGAACACCGUUCUUGUUAGUUCUCGAGAAGAAUCUUGGGAACAUGCCGUUGGCAGCCAGAGCGUAAACGUUUCUGGUUGCAAUGUAGAGAUCCGAAUUGGUGGCCGAGAAGAUGAAGAUCAGAACACAGGCGUUGAUCAAAUGAGGCAGUCCACGGAUAUCAGCGUUAUUGAUGGCCACCACGAAUGGCGAGGCGCACACGUAGAACACAAGGAUACGGUAGAAGGUCAGUCUGAUAGCCUUCUUGAUGGUGUAUCUUGGGUUUCUAGCUUCACCGAAAGUGAUACCAACCAGUUCUGUACCGAGGUAGGCGAAAACAGCAGUCACCAUGACGGACCAGAAACCAGCAAACUUUGCGGUAGCCUGGUUCUCGAUGUGGGCGUGUGCAGCAAAAGCACCUGGGUGGUGCCAGAAUCUGAAGCCAAUUCUGUCGUGAGUUGGAGAUCCACCGAGCAUGAUACAAAGCAGCAAGAUAAUAAGACCGAGCACCGUAAGAAUUUUCAGCGAAGAAAGCCAGAACUCGAACUCACCGAAGAACUUGACACCAAAGUAGUUGAUGAUCACCACCACAACAAGAAGUAUGGCAAUCCAGACUCCAGGGUUGACCCUUUCAGGGGAAACCCAGUAUUGCAUAACCAAAGAACCAGCAACCAUUUGAUUAGGAGUGACAAUUAA